UUUGACAUGUAUCACAAGAAAAUGGAAAAUUGACAAUUCGAUAUGCAAUGACAUUAUCAAAGUAAAUACUUCGGUGUUUAGUAUUUUCUAAGCCAUAUGAUGGGUGCAUUUAAAAGUCCCUAACAAAUAAUUAUCAGCUAUUUCUAACGUUAAAAAUCAAUUUCUACAGCAGCAGGUGUCAUGACACAGAUUUAACUAUCAACUAAUAUGCUAAGCAGAUUUUCAGAUGUUUUACAAACCGCUGCGGACGUAUUAGCUCCGCCAGCUACAAGGCUAGAGGAUUUUGAAUAUCACUGGAAAAUGGUAGUGAACUUCUAUCAGAACUAUGAAGAAAGUUCCAAAGUACAUUUUGAAGACACGAGGGUACCACAUCACUUACACCAGAUGCUCCAGUUAAUAGUAGAUGAGGAGAAAGAGCAACAAGGUGGCACUGUGGGCCCAUGCCUGGAGGCAGUGAUCCAGCGCUCCGUAGGCGUGCUGGAUGCGUUGUCGCUUCUGGUGUCUGUGGACCGCCCACCCGGUGCGCGCUACUCCGCGCUCACUCUCGCCACCUCCCUGCUGCGGCGCACCAGGAGCCCCUGUCUCAACAGCCCCCACGUGUACAGACCUCUGCAGAGAAUGCUCCUAAUCUGCAACGAAAGUCCUGCAUCCCCGACGGAGAAGGAGGAAGUGGAACUUCUCCUCACCCUGUGCGGUCUCGUGAGAAAGGAGCCAGGCUUAGCUAACAUUUUCACCACGCCAUUCGUGGAGGACACCGCGAGUCUGAUGAUGAUCCCGGAAGACAUCAAAACACUGAUACCCAUCAAAAGCAAAGCGCAGACUCCCAAGAAGAAUCCUCUAUUCGAGGUGGACAUGGCGCCCAAUCCGUUGAAAACGGUGUCCAUCGUGAGAGUGAAUAAGGACGAUAAUUACGUGCAGUCGAGCAGCUCCGCGGGGGACGACAAUGUUUCCUCGAAGAGUCACAAAACCGUGUACGACGACAACGACAAGUUUCUGCUGAUCGACCUGCUGCUGUCCUACCUGGACAGCGCCGACAACCAGGUGGUGCUGCGCGCGUGCGAGGGCGUGCUGAUCGUGUCGUCGCUGGCGGAGGACGACAUCGCGGCGCUGGUGACGGGCUGCAGCCCCGCCUGCGAGCGGCUGGCGGCGCGCCUGCAGCGCCGCUACCGCGCGCUGCCCCCCGACCUCGACCCCGCCGCCGUGGACCAGCUCAGCAUCACGUGGGCGUACGUGGCGCAGGACUUCGGCGAUAAGAACUACAACAACUUCUACGGCUACCGGGAGCUGACCGCCUUCUUCUCGUGGCUCGACUACAUCGAUACGUUGAUGAAGGAGUGUCACCCCAUCAUAGCGUGUCACCUGUCCCGUGCCUUUCGCACGCAGUUCCUGGAGCCGGCGGCGGAGGAGCUGGCCGAGCCGCGGAGCGCCAUCCUCGCCACCGCCGUGCUCGCCAAGUGUCUGCGCGUGCUCGACUCGCAGGACCUCGUCAACGAGUUCUCGAGCUGGCUGGCGGGCGAGGGGGAGGGGGGCGCGGGCGAGUGGGGGCCGCUGCGCGCGCUGGCGCUGCGCUGUCUGCGCGGCGACCACGACCUCACGCUCGAGACGCUGCGCUUCUUCGAGGCCGUGAUCGAGAAGGGCACGGAGCACAGCAUCGACCGGCUGGUGCUGUCGCGCGUGUGCGCGCGCGCCUACCGCGCCGCCGGGCCGGCGCUGCAGGACGAGCGGGAGCGCCUCAACGACCUCAGCCUCGCGCGCGAGCGGGAGCGCGCCCGGGAGUCGCUGGCCACGGACGAGCGCGCGGGCGGGCUGCUGGCGCACGCCGACGACAACAUACAUCGCGUCGUCAACAGUUUCCUGCUGCUCCUGCCUCGCGGAGUGCAGUCGCAGCCGCUCGCCGACUGCGAGCACUACGUGCACGACGCGCAGCGACACUACCAGCUCUGGCUGGACAUAACGUCGACGUACAACUGGCCCACGGAGGUGACCUGCGCCGACACCGCCAGCUCCACGCACAGCUACGACAGCCGGCCCGAGGCCGACCUGCACCUGGACGACGCCUUCGCCCCCGUGCACGCCCACUGCGAGCCGAAACCCUCGCGGGGGGCCUGCGGGGGGGCCGGCGGCUGCGCCUUCACGCAGGCGCUGGUGCUCCGGAGCAGAGACGCGCCGACGACCUCCGAGGAGGAGUUCGACGCGGGACCGUUUCUGAAGAUGCUCUUCAAGUUGCUGUCGACGAUGCCCGAUCAGCCGUACCAGGUGAACCUGCAUCUCACGUCCAUCAUCUCCAAGUUGGCCUUGCUGCCGCACCCGAACCUGCACGAGUACUUGCUGAACCCGGACCUGCCGACGGCCAAGACGACUCCGACCCUGUUCAAGACGCUCCAGGAAGUCGCUCGGAGACUCACGAUGGAGGUGCCGAGGAUUAAGAACUACAAGAAGGUCAUCGAGAAUACGCGGCUUCAGUUGAUGAGCGAGGACCCCAGCUACGACGAAAUCGGCUCUCACAACCAGCUGGUAGAGAGUCUCAUCGUACUUGAGGAGUUCUGCAAGGAGCUGGCCGCCAUCGCUUUCGUCAAGCAUCAGCAUCAGCUCCAGCAGCAGCCGCACCAGCACCAGCGGUAGAACGCACCCGGCUCGGUGGCCCCGGAGUCCUGGCCUGGCUCGGUCGACCUUCGGGUCGGUAGUAACGCUAUGCGGGUGGAAAAUUGUCGCUAAUAUAUUUAAAAUUGUUUUCUAUCGAGGAAAAGGUACAUACUGCCAAUUCGAUUCCGCGGUCGAGGAAUCGUAUUCGCUGAAUUAUAAGUAGCUAUUUAUUUUAUUACUAGAGACGAUAUUCUAAAAAAUGGUGCAGAAUUUGACAUUUUAAUUUUUCAUUGUAAAUUAUUAUUUUCAAAAGUAUUUUUCAUACCGUUGAUGUUGAAAUCUCGAAUAAACUAGUGUCCGACACUCGGAAUGUACUGCUUUAAUGAGUAAUCGUAACGGAGAUGUACUUAGAUGUUAGAAUAUUGGCCGAGGUCUCCAGCUUGCUCGCCUUAUCGUUAAAUGAUAUAAGAUUUUAUUAUAAUAACGCUAGAAUUUGGUUCGAAUUAAAUUUAUUCAUUUAUAAGUAGUUUUUUAUUCGAAUAUCUGGUCAUUAUUUGUGUGUUUGAGGUAUGUUAUUACGUUGAUGCACGAAAAUACUCAAAAGUCCCAAAAACGAAACGAAAUCGUUAAACGAUCCCAGAUAGUGAAGCACUAUUACCCUCUUUCGUAUGUUAUGUGGCAACAUUUUAGAAGAACACAAAGGCCCAAGGGUACUGAGAGUAACUGGCAACACCAAUUGUUAAAUAAAUAAUUCUUUCGAGUUUAGAUAUUAUAAUCACCGUUUGUUUAUUGUAUUUAGUUAUGUAUUAACGAACCAGUAGCGAUCUAGUCCGAAGAGUAUUUGAAUACAUUCCUGUUUAAUAUAUAUCUUGGUGCAAUAUUAUUGUAUUCUUUCGCACAAUCAUGUAUCGUACGAGGCAUUU